AUGGAUUUGAGUUUCUCAGUUUUUAGCUGGAAUAUUAGAGGAUUGGGGAAAAAUGUUAAAUUAAGAGCCAUCAGUCGGGUUUUAGAGUCAAAUAAGCCUGGUGUAGCAUUCUUCCAGGAAUCCAAAGUGAGUGAGAUUUCUGUAAUUGUUGACCGGUUGUUAAGGGGUUUUAUUAGAAGGGAUUUGAUUUUUUCGCCUGCUGUGGGAGCUUCAGGAGGUCUCAUUACUCUAUGGGAUCGUAAUGUAUUUCAGAUGACCAGUAAGGUUAUUCUAAGGAGAGUUGUGGCUGUGAAAGGCAGAUUGGUGUUUAAUAAUUUAGAGUUUGGUUUUGUGAACGUUUAUGGUCCAAAUAUUCAUUAUGACAGAUCAGAUUUUUUUGAGCAACUUAGUUGGUUCACUCUUCCAAGAAGUGUUUCAGAUCAUAAUCCGGUAGUUUUAAAAAUAAGGAAGGGAAAAAAGGUUGUUAGGCCUUUUAAAUGGUUCAACCAUUGGGCUGAGGAUCCUGUUCUUGUCGAAAGAAUUAAGGGCGUGUGGAUGACUAAUAGAGGUAAAGGCAUUCUGCAUUCUCUGUCGCUUACAAAGGCCGUGACAAAAGAAAGGGAAAGAUCAAUCCGUGAUAGCAAUACUGAUUCGGUGGAGAAGAUUGGGAAUUAUAUUGAUGAUCUAGAAAAGAUAUGUAUUUUGAACCCCAGCUCAUCUUCUGCUCAGAACGAUCUAGUGGCUAUGAAGGCUCGGUUGUGGGCACUGUUGAGGAAAGAAGAACGAGAGUGGCUUCAAAAAUCUAGACUCAAAUGGUUCAAAGAAUGUGACAGAAACACGAAGUUUUUCCAUUUAACUGCUUCUUCGAGAGCGAGACGAAACCAGAUUUCCAAACUGAAGGUAUGGUUCGUCAUUAAUUCUUCUGAUGGUUCGCGAGCGCCGGGACCAGACGGUUUCAACUUGAAUUUUUUUAAGAAAUUCUGGCUGGUCAUUAAGGAAGAUGUCAUGAUGUUUAUGUCUGAUUUUUACUGGGGUAGAAUCGAGGAUCCAUCCUUCAAUAACUCCUUCAUAGCCCUUAUCCCGAAGACAGGUGAGGCCGUUUCUCCGGAGGACUUUAGACCAAUCUCGCUGGUAGGGAGUUUGUAUAAAAUAGUAUCUCGGGUUAUGGCAAAGAGAAUGGGUAUUUGUAUCAAAGAGGUGGUAGGGGAAAACCAGUUCGCUUUUACUUCGGGUAAACAGAUUGCCGAUUGCGUCUUGAUAGCAAACGAAGUCAUUGAUGACCUAUCUAAAAAGAAGAAAAAAGCGUUACUUUUUAAGGCUGAUUUUAGAAAGGCGUACGACUCUGUUGACUGGAACUUUCUAAACCUUAUUCUUAAAAAGAUGGGGUUUGGAAAAAGAUGGAGAAAGUGGGUCCAAUUCUGUAUUUCGACUUCAUCUAUUGUUGUUCUUGUUAAUGGUUAUCCCUCGGUCAGGUUUUCUAUUAAGCGAGGACUCAGGCAGGGUUGUUCGUUAUCGCCAUUUCUUUUCAAUGUUGUUGGAGAGGCCCUUAGUGGCAUGCUUAAGAAAGUGACUGAUAUUGGGUUGUGCGGUAAUGUUGGAGUAGGGUUUGGAAACACAGAAAUUACUCAUAUCCAAAUCGCAUACGAUCUGCUGAUUUUUUCGGCUGCUAACGAGCAGAGUUUAAAGAAUUUCAAACGUGUUCUAAAAAUUUUUGAGUUAGCGGCUGGCUUGAAAUUAAAUAUGUCGAAAUCAAAGAUUUUUGGUAUCAAUGUAGAUGAUAGCAGGAUAAGUUAUUGGGCGAAUUCAAUUAAUUGCGGUUGGGAUUCUCUUCCUACGACUUACUUGGGUCUUCCUUUAGGUCACAAAAAGAAUUUGAAGUCUCUGUGGCAACCAGUUUUGGACAAGGGUAAUUCUGAGAGAGCAAUCCAUUGGUUAAAAUGGAAAUCAGUUUGUGGGCCGAAAUCUCAUGGGGGAGUGGGAAUCUUUGAUGUUCAAACUAGAAACCGAGCCUUGCUAAAUAAGUGGUUUUGGCGGUUUAGCAAGGAUGGCGAUUGUCUUUGGAAAAAAAUCAUAGUUGCUAAGUACAAUUACAGCCUUGAUUCGAUCAUUCCUAAAGAGGUUAAUGUCCGAAAUUCUUCUUGGGUUUGGAGGAAUAUCGUGAACCCGGUGGCCUCGCACGAGGGGAAUAUGAGUGCUGAUUUUUCUUGCAAAAUGGGUAAUGGAGAGAAAAUCGAUUUUUGGAAUGAUCGCUGGUCUGAAAUGAAUUCGCUUAAAGCUUCCUUCCCUAGAAUCUUUGGUUUGGCUCUAAAAAAGUCCGGAAACAUAUCCGAGUUUGGGAGUUGGGUGAACGAAGUAUGGGAAUGGAAGAUUGAGCUUAGGAGAGGCCUCUUCGAAUGGGAAAAUGCUCUUUGGUUGAACUUCAUGGAGGUACUAAAUAAAGCAAUUAGUUCAGCUCCUGCUUUAGACAAUUUGAUUUGGGCAGGCUCUGCCGAUGGUCGUUACUCUCCGAAAUUAUUUUGUCUUAAGGAGGCAUCAGCUGGCAAAUUGGAAGACCCAAUCUGGAGAGCUGUCUGGUGUAAAUUCGUGCCUCCAAAAGUGUCAGGUUUCGUUUGGAAAGCAGUGCAUCAAAGGCUACCAGUUAUUUCCGAAUUGAUAAAGCGAGGUGUUCCUCUUUCUGAUAAUUCUUUUUGUUCUUUCUGUCACCGUUGUCCAGAAACUAUUAAUCAUAUCAUGAUACAAUGCGAGGUGAUAGGUGUUUGGGCCAAUGCGCUUUGGCCAUGGUUGAUACCGAGCAUUCAAGAUUUCGUUCGUUGUCCCGAUUCAAUGUUGAUUGGAAGUUGUUGA